GCAUUCUUGUCCCACUAUUGACCAAUACAUAAUCACACAACCCCUCACCGUGAUCGGUAUCAGCCAUAAACAUCUCAAACAACCAGACAGCUAAAUAACCAUGACUUCCAGUUCAACUUCCUACAUGCCACCAGAAUGGCACCCCCACACCCAAAUAAUCAUGGCCUGGCCCGGCCGCGCAUCGCAUAGCUACUGGCCACCAGGAAACCACGAGCAACUUUACAGCGACAUCACCCGGGUUGCGCAGGCCAUCGCAAGAUUCGAAAAGGUGACUAUUUACGUCACGCGGGCGCAGGCGGAUGAGGCACGAACGAUAUUACAGAAUUGCAGCGAAGAACAAGCUGCAGCUAUCCAGGUGCGGCUUGUAGAGGAUGAAGAUGUGAAGCCAUGGAUGCGGGAUAUUGCGCCGACGUUUGUUACUUCGCAGGAUGGCAAGUGUAUUCAUGGUGUUGACUUUCAUUUUAAUGGUUGGGGGGCUAAAGAUCACUCUGAGAGUAAUCGUGCGCUUGCCCGCCAUAUCCUGCAUGAUCUCCAGAUCCCCAAGUUCCCGACAUCCCUUGUGGCGGAGGGUGGUGCUAUUGAGACAGAUGGCGAAGGCACAUUAUUAGCAACGGAGUCCGCGCUGGUAAAUCCAAACCGCAACCCAGACAUGGAUCGCGACGCAGUUGAGAACGAGUUAAAGCGCAUACUGGGCUUCUCAAAGCUCAUCUGGCUCCCGGGCGUGGCCGGCGUAGAUACAACAGACUGCCAUAUCGACGCGUUGGUUAGAUUCGCCGGCCCUGGUGUGGUUGUUUUGAGCCGCCCUCCUGCCACAAGAGAAGCGGUUUGGACGACUGUGUACAAAGAUGCCCAGCGCAUCCUGGCGACAGCGAAUGAUGCAAAGGGUCGCAGUCUGCGGAUUGUGGAUGUUCCUGAGCCUGAUAUCAAAGCUAUCCCAGGAGCAGAUGCUGAGAUGAUACCCAGCUACCUUAACUAUCUUCAUGUGAAGGGGGCGGUGAUUGUGCCGCAGUUUGGGGUACCUAAUACGGACGUCGGUGCUUUGAGGGUUCUGGGAGAGUUGUUUCCAGAUAAGGAGACUGUUCCUGAACAUGGCAUCCCGCAAGACCUAAUCGACAACGUCCAUGACGCAGCCCAAAGAUUCUUCGCCCUCCCAAAAGAAAUUAAAACGCAAUGCUUCAUAGACAAAUCCAAGAAAUUCCACGGUUUCAUCCCCUUUCCACCGAUCUCUCAAUCGGCAUUGGUCCAAACGACACUCAACCAAGAACCCAGGAACACCCUCCUACCAGACCCCUUCAACCUCUACGACUUCAGCCAGUGGUCGCGCGACGAGGAGCGUCCGGGCUUCCAAUGGGAGGAUUACUAG